AUGGCCAUUUGCAACCUUCAUACUAGGAGACUGUUUUAUUUUAUUAUGGCAUUAUCGAUGCUGGGCACGGCAACAAACGCUGGACAAAUUAUCAACAAAAACGAUACCUUUAUAUCGUCCUCUUCGGACAUGCACGCUGUCCUGAACCGGACGGUUGUUUUGAACAGCGCGAGCUGGCAUUUUCUAGACCUGAUAUUCCACAAAUACUCGGACAACUUGACGGAGAAAAUCUCCAUUGAGCGUUUUAAAGAUUUGUUGAAGGAUUUAAACCUUGGUGAGACCGUAUCGGCGACAGAAACAUCGCAUGAGCAACCUCACGGAACAUCUCAUCGACAUGGCGGCAAGAAUUCUCGAAGUCAAGCUGGAGAAUCCAGUGAAGUUUCGAGGCAAAGAAACAUGCGAAGGCGGCGAAGCGAGCGACAAUCCAAUGGAGAACGAAGACAAUUGCAGUUAAAUUCUAAGACGAACCAAAUUCGCCCGAGGUCUCAACGAAGAGAACGGCGUAGUGCGAGAGACCGUCUCCAUACCAGUGAAGGUCACGCGGAGGUGAGAUAUUACGUUUUAACGUUUUAAUUAAAAGGGUUUUUUCUAUCUAUUUCUGCUUGGAGUUAGAGUCUUAGUAGCUGAGGAAUCUCUUGGCAAUGAUGUUUUUAGUUAAAGAGAACUUUAAUGUUUUAUGCGUAGACAUACAAACAAUAUUAUGCAACAAUACCAAGACUGCAUAUUUAUGGAUUUAAUCGUCUGGACAUAAGCGUUUAGAGGACUCAAAAACUACCCUAUUCUCUUGUUGUGUUAGAGUAACAAUAGCAUAUUUUUUACAUAUGGGCUAAUUGUUUAUCAAAAGGAAAUCAGGUGAAACACGCGCGAAGAUUCUUUACAGUGCAUGGCCUGUAAUCUUGUUAAUAAAAAGCUCAAUGUUCGGGGAUAACAUCACUGGUCGAUUUGUUUUAUUAAGACGUGCAUUUGAACUCAAAUUUCACACCAAAUACAACAAAAAUACGCAUAAAAAUUGAUAAUUUAUUGUAAUAAUUUUGCGUGCUAAAGGUGGUGAAAGGCCUUUUUAUUUUUGUUUUCUUGACUGGGCUGGACUGUGUGGCUAUGUAAACUUUUUCGUUCUCUGAGACUUAGACUUAUGGAGAGAGAGGUGAAUAGAGGUCACGAGGGAACGCAGGAGAUGUGAUUGGAAAUCACUUUCGCUGCCGGCUCGUUCGCUUUCGUUACCGGCUAGGCUGUGCCUUCUUUCCUCUGCCCUCUGAAGGUGUCGCACACGUAUGGUCCUCUUAAGUUCCCCAACGCCUGCCUUCUUCAUACACUGACACAUUUCUGCGACAACUUCUACUGAACAACUCUCAGUACGCACUAUGAAUUAUACUUGGAAAUAUAAAGGAAAACUGAAAACAUGUAUAAGAUACUGCUCUUGAACGAGUUUAAGAACCCCCCUAUUUUUAAUUAAAAAACUUAAGUUUCUUUAAGAUAAACCGCUUAAAGGUGAAGUUUAACGAAAAGCUCGAAGUAGAAUUUCAUAGUAAUGAACUCAGACAACUUAGAAACCUAGACUCUUUUAGAUCUGAACUAAUCCUCCUUUUCUCCUACAUUUGGUGAUUUGCAUUUUUAAAAGGAGACGAUUUGAAUGUAGUUGUAAUUUCCAACCAGAAUAAUUCUUUUAAAGACUAGUUUCACGUUGGGUCAACUGGCUUUACUUAUGUUCGCGCUCAAAUAAACACACUUAACAUAUUUCCACGCUAACAAAUACAGUAAUACAACAUAAAAUUAUUGUGUUCCCUAAGCUAAAUAACAGAUUUAUGAUUGGCGGAAAGAUGCAUGAUUCUUGAAGCGCAAAUCUUAGUUUAAUAAUUUGAACACGGCCUGAGGUCAUCAAACUCUUUCAAAAGUUUAAAGCAAGUGGAGGCUAUAGGUGAUUUUACCUUGCGUCGGGGGAGACCGGCUUUAAAUAUCGUGAAAUGUUGAACGUGAUUUCACAAGGUACUAUUAUCGAAGAAUGAAAUCUCCGCUUGUGGUAGCACGAACCAUCAAAUAAUGGGUGCUAAAGAUAAAGGAACACUCUCUGUCUCCUUAAGAGGGUUAUAAUAAUACACAAGUGCCAAGUGUUUCCGAGAAGUUCCUAACUGAAAUAUCAAACUAGCAAACAUUUUUUUCUCCGCUCCUUCAAAUGACUUUCUGCUUUCCGCGAACGAAAAUGACUUUAAUCAUACAAUUAACAAAAAUCAGUUCUGUAUUGUUUCUUUAUAUAAUCGCAAACAAACAGCAUACGGCAAUCAACACUACUAAAACUGUAGAAUAUUGAAGACAAGCUCUAAUUCUGUACGUCAGUAAUUUGAUCUUGUUUUUCUUUAUUCAAAUUAUGUCUGAGGCAGAGUAUUGUUUUUCAUAUACAACAUUGUUGGCAAUUUUCGGCAAACUUUUGAUUGCACAACUAAACAAGCAUCACAAACAGGUGGACUGCGUUUGUUGACUGUACCAGACUAACACCCCACCGGGUAGAUCGAACAUAGAAUAGCAUUCGAGAGGUAGUUACUUCCAUUAACUUAGAAGUCCCCUCAGAAAUGUGAUCGCGCGAAAAACCUACUUGUGCAAACGAACUGAUAUCAGGCGUUAAUUAAUGUAAGGGUUCAUUAUAUCAUUUGCCGUGUGCUCGGCUUGUGAGCUGUCGUGGUUAGAAAUAUUCCUUGUGAGAUAAAUUGUAGCAAUGCCACCGAUGAUAUGAGUCAUUGUAUAGAUAAGUGAGUAGCGACUCACUAGGGGUUGAAAUACGGUCAGCGCCUCACAAGACCCGGUAGGCCUUCUCCUGCUAUGCCACCCUUUCGUUCACGAGAUUUGCACAUUACUGCGACGUUGAGGACUUUUAUGGUUUGUCUAGACAAACGACUGGAAUCCUUCUUCAUAUUGGCAAGGCAGGGUUUCCACAGAAAAUUCCUCCAAAUAAAAAGUUACCUUUUGGUUGAGAUAUUCCCCAAAAGGCGUGAUUCGGAACUGUAACGAGAACUUAAGCUGUAAUUGAAUAAAAGAUCUACCGAGAGAUUAGCCCUAACGUGUUGAUGUCAGGGUCUGUCAGCACUUCUAGAAAAAAUGCGAUAAGAAGAGAUAAUAAAUUAUGUAAUGCUAUGCCUGGCCAAAAUGAUCUUUAGCUUCCUUGCUGUGUUUUUGCAGCCUCUAGUCUGAGUACCAGUCUUUCGAGAAGAAUAUUCUUUUUUAUUUUUACAGGUAGUGUAAAUCUCUUUCUGUUAAAUGGUUUUCGUUUGUGUGUUCCAUGGAAGGGUUCGUCUUUAUUUUGUAUGUCUGUCUGUCUUUAUUUUUUUUUAUGUCUGUCUGCCUUUGGCCGUCCGGGAGAUUUCGCGUUUGUGCCACUUUUCAAUGUUUCGUGAUCUGUACCUGGGUUGGUAAAUCUCUUUUGAGUUAAGAAUGUCUGCUAGAUGUUUAAUCUUUGAAUAGGGAUAUUUUCCUUAAGCUUUUAAUGCGCUGAGCUAGACUUUUUUAUCGACCAGAGUUCGUGUUCCGGAAUUAUAUUAAUAAACUUAAUUAAAUACGACCUUGACUGCAGUGAGGGUAAGAUUUGGAGUCGACUCAAGAAAAAUUAUUUGAUCAGCCAAAGCGAAUGUCACGUUUAGGCAAACUUAAGUAACUCUAGUGGGUGAGUGUUUGCGUGUGGCCUUUAUUCUAUUGCGAUUACGAUGUCGUGACUCUUUCAGCGGGCUCUUGAUGCUUAAAUCUUUUUUUUUUUUUUCCUGCGAACGCUCUUUGCACAAUAUUUUCAGUCAGUGCCACUUUACUCAGGUAGACCUUGACAACUGUGAGGCACAUAACUGCUAUGGUUGUUCCUUUGGGAUAGAUUAAAAACUGAUUUGGUCUUGAAAUUAUUCAGCUUCUGAGAUAAAAGCCAAGGAUCUGUAAGCAACGAACUUGGAAAGUUCAUUUGACCGUUACAAGUGUGGACUUUUGGCCAGCACGCAAUGUUGCAACACUCAUGUAAAUAAUUGAUUUGACAAACGAAAAAUCUUACAUUUAUACUAAAUAGGUUUAGAACUGUCGACGACUGGAGAGAAUUUAGGUGAGCCAGUUAGGCGCCCUUCUCUUUUGCUUUAUUCGCCUUCCUUUUAAUGAUAACUACUGUCGUAGGUUUGUUGGAAGGUAAUUAAAGAUUCUACCAGGAAAAUGGAAGUAGAUGUCAUCGUGCACUAAAAAUAAACUCAUGCUAAUUCUUCCAUAGUUAUGGGGAAAGCGAGGGUAGAGUCAAAUAAUGUCGAGAAAGAUAAGUAAUUGAAAUCAUUAAAGAGUAACAAAAACUCAAAGCCGGUUUUCUUACACGUGGUCUAACCCAAACCGCGGCUCUACGCAAGCAGUGAACCUCAGAGAUGUUCUUUAAUGGGGUUGAUUUCAUUUAAUAAAUGACCUUCCACUAUAAGCUUUCGACUCUCCUGACACUUUUCGUAAAAAUAAACGUUCAGAUAAAAGGUUCCGCUUAGUCAAAGAUGGAUUAGAACGCGGUUUUGUUAAACGACUUCCGAACUUUGCGUAAACAACCAGCCCACGCUGUAUGCGUUUUUUACGGCUUGCGUCCGCGAUACAUUUACAAUGGGUCCAGCGGAACGGAACAUUUCAGAACACUUGGAAUGAAACUUAGGAAACCGAAAAAAAAAAAAAAAAACCAAAACAAAUAUGAAAUUAAUUUUAAAAAAAUUGUUGUUAACUACUGCUGCUUCAAUUAAAGGCUCCCCCAUUAAUACAAAUAGCUCAUUAGACAAAAAGGAAAACAAACUCGUGGAGCAGUUUCUGACGUGGAAUAAUCAAUUAUGUAUUGCAAUAUUUUAUACAGCUGACAAGUUUUGUGAAUUUUUAUGACAAUGUUAUAUAUCAGUGUAUUAUUUUGUGUUCAUUUGAUGGCCAUUGUUACCACAAAGUUGCUGGUCUUGAAAACGUUUUUCAAGCCGAGAACAAAUUGAUGAAGUGAAAUCGCGAGGUAAUUUUGAUUAAGUAUUUCUAAGGAAGUUUGUGCCCAUAUCUUCUUACACACCGGCUGAAUCAAAAGAGCUUUAUAAUGAAAUCCUCCUCGAUGCCUUAGUCUAUGCGUUUUUAGUAUGCCUAGCUUAAUAACUUAAUAUUGGUCCUUGAGUGCCUUAAACGCUUCAUGGAAAUGGGUACAUAGAUUUUGCGUUAUACAUGUAUAUUCAAGUCGUUUAGUUGUUAAAUUUUCCCAUAUUUUGAGCCCUUAUCCAUCAGACCACUGUGCAUUAAAAAUAGCCUGUUUGUAAAGUGAAUUCGUCGGUAGGUUUUACUUCGAUUUCCAGAUUUUUUCAACCACCAACUCGAUUUAUAGUUUAAAUGAAUUAAUUUACUUUUAAAGAGUAGAUAUAUGUUUUUCGCCAGCCGGGAGGUCCGUAUUGGGGAAAACUGUACUCAAAACAGAGGGCAGGUUUUUUCCAAUACAGACCGACUUAGGCUAAGGGAUAACAUUUGUACUUUUUUCCUUAAACUUAACGAAAUUCUUUCUAAAGGAACUUGAAUGAUUUAGGGUUGUAAUUACAGCAAGAUAUUCCAUAAACUGAACAAUUUUUGAGCGAGGAAAUGGUAGUUAAAAUAGAGGUGUUGCAGAUUUAAGAGAGAUGCUUCACCGAAACAUUUUCAUUUUUACAACGAUAAACAAACUUUGAAACAUUAUAUUUACAAGUAUCUCUCUCAAUCUGACACCUGUCGAUUUGACGCAUGGGGAAAAAUAAAAAAGCGCAUGUACACUGUUGAAAAAUCAACGGAACUAGCUUGGCAAGGACUGUCACGACAAUGUUUUCUUCGAAAACAGUCAAUGAUCUUACGGAAAGCAUCGUUUACUCUCAUCGACGAUUAAUCAAUGCACGAAGAUUUACCUCUGUUCAGUAAGGAAAUGGCAAGGAAAGAAAUUGUAAGUAAAUUCAAAUUUUUCAUUUUGAAGAAAGUUUACUCGUUUGUUUGCUGCAGUGGCGUGUGUAAACGUGGUCUUUCCCCAACAAAAACUAAAUUCAAAUGAGACACUUCAACUAGACACAAGGGGAUUUAUAGCCGCUUUUUGUUAUUGAAUCCCUUCAGUUUCUGUUGUGCAAUUUACGGUACAAAUGUCCCAAUUGAACGGACUUGGAAAGACUUACUGAAAGCGUAUUUAUGGUUGAACUGAAAACCUUGCUUGCCCUGUCACUACGAACAAAUUUUUUAAGAGAAUUCAGAGAGUAAAUGAAUGAAAUUUCCAUCGAUUAAUUCAAUUGUAACCAAAUAUCUCACUUUUUAACAUUCUAGGAAUUUUUCGUGAAGGAUUAAAAUUAAUUACAGACGGAUUUUAGGCCGCUUGUCAACCAAUUUAAUGACACUUUCAUGUUGUAUAAGUUGCUAAUACAAAUUCAUUUCGAAACCAAUUUUUUUGUCAACCACGGUGAUUUGAGAGAGAGAAAAGAGAGGAUUAAUAAGUUAUAAGGUAGUGACCGACGUCUCUGCUUAUAGAUACUACCCAGCCUGAAAAACGAGACCUGUUUAUGAAAAGUAUGAUAGCUGCGAAGGUAGGGAUGUACUCGGUGAUACCAUCGACAUAUCGGCAAAGAUUGGAAACUACGGACCGCGCUAAGAACCAAUUAGAUUGCAGGAUUCGUUACGGUGUCCUCUUAGAAAAAAAUAAAUUGAAAUAUUAUUUGAGAUUUUGCCAAACCUUUUUCGCCACGUAUGUGUUCUUUAACUCCAUUCACGGACAUUAGUAGAGUCUAAGUAAAUGGUUUGUUAUUCCUCACGUGGAAAAAAAAAGUCGUUGUUCAUUUUAAAUAGUGUUGUUUGUCACUUCAAGAAAUUAGAUAUCGUAGUUCAGUAUUUUGCGUGCGAAGUGGCUGAUGUCCAGUACGAAUUGCCGCUGGCACAUGCAUUUAAAAUUAAUAAAAGAAAUGGUAUAAAAAUUUCAUGCCUUCAUAUCCCUUUAAUUAACAUGCACGGAGUAUUUAAAGGCAUGUCCCCAGAGCUUUACAUUUGCAUAUGUAUUUCAGUGUUUGACAGGACAGGAGCUUCUGCUCGAUCAUGAUGUGAAUGAAGAGGAAGGAUUGAACGAAGAGGACUUUGUGCGGAUUUGUCCCGCAUUAAUCCAGCAACUCCAAGACAAAGCUUGCAUUGUCGACAAUCUGGAAGACAAUCACAUGGCAGAGGACUCGGCCAAAAUGCUGCAUGGUAAGAUUUGAUAUUUAGAGUUGACAAAGACCUUACAUUGGCACUUAAAUGAAAACGUGAAAUCAAUAUUACUUGAGAAAAAAAUUGAUGCGAAAACUGAGAGAGAUAUCAAAAAAGACAUUUUACCAAAGCGUUUCCCUGCGAAAAAUUGAUAAUGCUACAUUUCUUGAGAUUAAGCAUAACAGCAUGGUGCUAAAAUUUUUACUUAACACAUUUCAUGAGGAAUAAAAUUUUUUCGAGGAAUGAAGGAUUUAAUAUGUGUUAUAUUUACGAAUUGCUACGAAAGGUGCGUUGGUCUCGUGAAGUGCUUACUGUACUAAAUAAAAACUGUAAGGGAAUCGUUGAAUUAUAGGGGAUUUUAUUCGUCUUAGUCAGGGUUAAGAUAAAAGAUUAUAAAGUUAGUUACUUUUUUUUUUAAGAGCUGUCAAUACUUGCAGCUUUAAGCAUUAUGUAGUGUCUCACACCAAAAAAAAAAAAAGAAACAACAACUACAACAAGAAAAGAAGUAAAUAAAUGUUAUUAUUUUAAUACUUGAUCAGGCAUGAACACUUAAACUACGUUGUUGAUACUGGUUUGUGUGUCUGUUCUACAAUGAUAUCUUUACGCAGGGCCAAGACUUAUGGAGGUGUGCCAUAAGAUAAUUAGACUGAUUUUGUAAGCGCGCAAAACCACCCGCUGUGUCACCUUAAGCUUCACUAAUACACCAAUAGAAUGGCAAGGUGUUGUACCAAAACACAGCAAUGGUGAUAAAAGAGCAGGACAGAACAAGGAUUUUUGAGAAUGAUUAGUGGUAACACAGGUUAAAGCAGGAAACAUAAUCUUGCUCUUUUUAGUCCCAGCCACAAUCAGAAGAAAUCAUUUCAGAGAAUCGUAUCCAAAAUUUUUGAUCCAUUUUGUUCACCUCGUGCUUUGUUAUAAUUCCCCACUUACCCUCCCCUCUCCUAAUUUGCCUCGGAACGCUAAUGCCUUCAUUAACCAAAACUUUUUUUGUUUCAGUGUGGGGUUAUGGUUUCCUAUCUAUCACUGUCAUCAGUUUGACGUCACUUCUUGCGAUCGCUGUCAUUCCUUUGAUGCGUCAUUCGAUUUACAAGAGGAUCAUGUCCUUCCUUGUGGCCCUUGCUGUGGGGACCUUGUCGGGAGACGCCCUCCUUCAUCUGAUCCCUCAUGUAAGGCGAACGACAUGUUAAACUGAUUUCGCAAUAAUGACGGGUUGACAUCAAUUUAGAGAAGACUGGUUGAACAAGUGAGCGAUGUGCAUACGAGCGAAAAAAAACUAAUAAAACCAGCCACAAAAGAGAGAAUAGACCAAACGUCCAAAAAAAAAAAAUGUCAACGACGAAAAACAGAAGACAGCGCGGAAGAGCAAUUCUGCGAACAAACGACCGGACGAUUGAUUCGCCGAACGAAGAGCGAACAAACGAACGAACGAACGCAGGAAUGAACCGACGUGCAAGCAAACGAACGAAUGAAGGAACGAACGAACGAGCGAGCGAACGACGGAACGAACGAGCGAGCGAACGAAAGAGCGAAUUUGGCGGGGGGGGGUGGUGGGAGGAGGCGCACAGUCGAAAAGGCAUACAAAUGGAUCGAAAAAGCAAGCGUGCAAGUGGCGAACAAACUUAACGAGCCACUAACUCUACUAACAACUUCACAACCGAGUGAAUGAGUGACACAUGAGACGACUGAAGUGAGAAAGUUACUUAAGACUGAGAAAAACGUGGUAGGGUGAGUGGAGAUACAAACAAACCAAAUUGAGAAAUAAUGCAAGUUGGGAGAGAUAGGUAUGACAUAGCCAACAAGCACUGUCCAGAAGAACUGUUAAAAUUUGAAAGUCUUAAAUGAUAUUAAUUGACAGGAUUGGAGAGAAAGAAUUCAUUUCAGUGUUGUUGUUUUCAGGCUUUCGUCUCUAGUCAUGGAAACGAAGAAGGAGGGCAUAAGAUAAAUAUUUACAAGUCAUGCGUUAUUAUGGCAGGAAUCUACGUGUUUUUUAUGGUUGAGUGCACGCUGAAAGCACGCAUGGCGCGAAAGAAACGCUCACGUGGUAACCUGCACGUGACAACUCCAGAAAAAAUGGUAAGCUGAUACAGAAAUAAGAGAAGUUUUCGAUGUUGGCUAAAACCUUUUCCUUACGAGUAAAAUGGCUGAUUACUGCGGUAAUUUAACCCGGUUUUUGUAGCAUAAAGCGGCUCUAAUCUUCGCAUUGUGCUACUUAUUAUUGAAUCUAUUUAUAUUUUGUUGCGAAAACUGUUGAUGUUAACUUUUUUCGCUUGUUUGUUCGUAGAAGAAGAAAGAAGCCGCAAAAUAUCAGGAAAUGGUUGGUUCAAGGCUCGCUGGAAUUCAACGAAGUAUUAGCUGCGACGGCGCACACUUUCCUAAGGCCAGCAGAGAUAUCUCAGAAGGCUGUAAAACAACAUCUUGUGAACUGGUUCUUUUGGAGUCUGGGAAAGAGGAGCGUGCGAGCACAGGCUCCGAGUCCUCCCAAGAAAAAGUGCCGUUGUGGGAGCCUUGUCGACAUGGUCACCAUUGCCAUCCGCGCGACAGUGUUCAAGAGCGAAGCAAACACAGUUUUAGCGACUCGCAACUUAUAGCUGCAUUGCAAGGCAAGUCGUGCAUCCAUCCCAACAUUUACAGCAAUAACUUCUCUGCCAGUGGUACUGACAGCGAAAACCAAACCCAUCACAAUGUCAAUCAAAUUCGCUCACACCAAGGUGAUCAGUACUCGUACCAGGUCCCCACGGAAUCGAAUACCAUCGCCACAGAAACGACGAGCGAUGCUGGAGACGGCGGUUACGAUGAGGAGAAUGGACACGAUCAUCACCAUCAUCAUCACCACCACAGCCCUAACAUUGACAAGAACACCUCCAUUGCCACUGUAGCGUGGAUGGUUAUUGUCGGGGAUGGUUUCCACAACUUCAGCGACGGUCUGGCAGUUGGUACUGCGUUUUCAGUUUCAUUGACCAACGGUCUUACCACAGCUAUAGCAGUGUUUUGCCACGAGCUUCCGCAUGAGUUAGGUUAGUUGUUGGGUAUUGUUGUGUUCUUUUGGUGUCGUGGGGGCUACAAGGUUUCAUCCCUGAUACCAACAAGAAGAGACAUUGUCCAUACUCAAGGUUAUCUUCCCAGCCGGCCUCUCUCAAAACUUAAGUUUGAGGUAUGUUAAUCUGUGGAAGGACUUGUUCAGCUCAGAAUUUUCGUCACGGAUCUCGGCUUUCUGUUCUCCCCUGUUUUCUGCUGCAUAAGGAAGUUUAGUUAAUAUUCUAGUUACUGUCUCUCUAGUUUUUAGAUGUUGUUUCAAACCAGAAAUCUCGAACCAAAAAACCUGAGCGCUCAGAGGUGGCUUAGAAAACAAAAUUUUGUCUUUUCAAUCACUGAGAUAAUGAGCGAAUUCGAUGUAUUAUGAAGCUGUCUCGAGUUACAUUGUGAUAUCAAUUUUGACUUACUUCUCUUUCAUUUCAGGUGAUUUUGCCAUUUUGCUUAAGUCAGGUUUGACCUUUAGGCAAGCCCUGGCUUACAACCUUGCAUCAGCCAUAAUCUCAUAUAUUGGCCUUAUACUCGGCAUCAUUAUUGGCGAUCUAGAUUCUGCUCACACCUGGGUGCUGGCGCUCACAGCUGGGAUGUUUCUUUAUAUAUCAUUGGUUGACAUGGUAAGAUACAUAACACCCAUAAUAGAAUUAAGUGUAAUAUUCAUGUCGUAACUCCAGUUGAAUUGUAAGACGUGAGCUCAGCUUUAAAAGGUGGCAAUAACAAAGUCGAUAAAAGGGCGCUUUUCCUAAGAUGUGGAAUUGUUAAGUUGUAAACUUAAAAUUUUCCACAAUUUUGAUUGUGGAAUGAAAAGAAACAGAGCUUGUUUAGUAUUACAAAUGGGGGAAGGGGGUAUGCAGCUGUCAGCAACAGAGUGGGUUUUGAUCUAGAGAGCCUGCAAUCGUUUCUGGUUGACUUGUAACUCUUCCCUAUAGUAUCUUUACAUCAUCAAGCAAACAGGUAAUGGAAAACUCAAACUUAUCGGGUUUAGGUUGUUGUCUUGAUUUAACACCAAAUUGUCGUAACCAAUUUACCAGAAAAUGAAUGGCAACUAGAGGAGAGAACUAACACUCAGAUCGUGGGAUUUAAAUGUUUAAAUGCUGAUAGUUUCUCUCAUGAAGAAGACCUGUUAUAAGAAAUUGACGGUGAAUUAUCAAAUCGAAAGUGGUUUAGCGUAGUCUGUACUCUCAUCGACAACGACAUUCGUCAUCACAGUGGUCAAAAUGUUGUGGACUCACGAGGCGCAGCACAAUAUCGACGUCAAAUUAAACAAUUCUUUCACUGCGUGACACGUUGCGUGACACUUCGACGCGAUAAGCGUUGUUGUACUCAUAUCUUAAUUGGCCAAUUAGAUCGCGACAUUACUGUUGAUUGUGGUAAAAUAAUGACUCGGAAAGGGACAAAAGGUGUAGUUUCAAUUUGCUCAACGGUGGUUCUCUCUUUCUUUCCACAGCUCCCUGAACUGAGCAACUACAUCAACGAGGGAGGUGGAUGGCCUGUGGUGAUCUCACAAAAUCUGGGAAUAUUGACGGGAGUAUCGAUUAUGCUAGCAAUAGCUUUGUAUGAGAGUUAAAUAACUUAAAUUAUAAUUUAGAACUACGAGAUAUUUGUAGUUAGUUAUAAUGCAAAAGCAUACAGGCGCUCAAAGUUUGAUUUAAUCUGAAACAAAAUAUAUUUAUUUAACCACAGACAUUUACGAAUUUAAAUAUAUUCACUUCAGUUAUAAUUUUUAUGAGAUUUUUGUUUUAAAAAUGUGGAGCUUGUAUGGAUUACAGACGAAUUCACAAAGAAAUCAAAAGAAGUGGAGUUUGUUUUAAAUGAAAAUGCAAAGGAAUGAUAUAGGUCUAUUUUGGAUAUCUCCCGUUUUUUAAUGCAAUUAAGGUUGUGAGGCAUUUUGGUAAGGUAUUUCAACUAUGAUAUUGUCAAAUAUAAAUCUUAAAUUCUUACCAGAAACAAUCUUGAUAAGAUGUAUUCAAAUCGUAAGAAAUUCUUCAGUUUUUUUUCGUUUUUUGCACCCUCCAUUUUACGCUCUAAAAUCAUCAAUUUGGUGCAUAUCAACUAAAACAUUUUGAGUUUAAGCUUUGUUUUUUUUUUUGCCUCUAGGAGGAAUUCAUUAAACACCCCGCUUUAUAAACAUUCUGUGCCACAGAAUUGCAUUUUACGAAUCGUGAUAUAGAAUUGUAGUUAUCCCUAAGGACGUGAUGUACGAGGCCAUUUGAAAAUAAUGAAGGAUGUCAAAAAUGUCCGGGAUGUCAAAAUUCAAAUAAGAUGUAGAAGUUUCAUUAUUUGGCGUCCAAAACAAUUUCUGGUUACGAAACAAUGCGCGAUUAGUAUUCUAGAAUUCAAUCAGUUUGAGAGACACACCAAGCUUUUUUACUAUUUGAGUGACCUUUUACCAAUGCAUGAAUUAAGAUGAGGUAAUUUUACGAAACGACGCCGCAUAUGACGCAAAGUCGUCGCCAUAGGUUUCGGUUAUUUUCAGUGCUCAGUUCUUCAAGGAAAACACUACGUAACAUUGCUUCGAAUAUGUGAGCCCCCGACAUUCCAGCGGUUAGGGCUAGGGUUAGGAUUAAGGUUAAGAAUAUCUGAGGCUCACAUAGUUUGAAGCAAUAUUAUCGAGUACUUUCCAUUCUCUAACCUGCUUUUGCAGUCUCUCCUCUCUCUAACCCUCCAGGGUCAGAUAGGGUUCGAGGGAGGGAGAGACUCUAGGAUCGAGGUUGUUGAAUUUUCUUCUUUUUCUAGCAAGUAAAGCAAAUUUCUUAUGGGGUGAGGGCGGGGGGGUUUCCAUGCCGGCCUACUCUUAUCUGGUCGAAUAUUCAAGGAAACUCAAGUCACCUGACAUAUGUUGAGAAAAAUAAUUCAGGGAACGGUCUUAGAUCCUGUAGAAAAAUAGGUAGGGUUCCCUCCAUUGGAAUCAAUCUUCCCCUUCACAAUGUCAAUAUCUGAGCAACUGCGCACGUAUCUCUCCCCCUAAUCCAACCAAAGUCAACCCAUAAUAACUUGAGGUUAAUUUGUGUUAGGGGAGGGGUAGGUGUGUAGUUGCCCUGAUACUGACUGUAACUCCACUUUUCCACUGUUUCUUUGUACAUUAGUAGAAAGAAUCUCCUUGAACUUCUCCAUUACACUAGGAUCUAUAUGUGAACCACUUCCAAGGUUUUUUAACUGUUUUACCAAAGCUAGCCAUCUGUUUCUAUCUAUUUUAGUUAUAAUUGGUGGAGUACUGUGAUAGCGUAGAAUAAUAACCUUAAUCUCAAUUAAGAGACUCAGUUCUUCAUAAAGGUCUUAUGUCAAGGGCGGGGUAUGUUCCAUCAUGCUUGUGUAAGAAUGAUGAAACAAGAUCAGUUUUUUUCUGUUAAAGGUAGUUAAAAGGGAAGAAUCAGGGUAGAAAAUUUGUAUGGACUUGGGUAUUUAAUUUGUACUCUAUUAUGUUUGAAAAAAGGGUCUAUAUCGCGAGUCCCAUUGGGGCUUUUAGGGCUUAAGGUUAAAAUUUUGGCCAUUUACGGCCACGGUUAACCCAAAAUGACACAUUGUAGGAAGGAAAAAAUUUUACUGUUAACUUUUAUUACAACUAACGGUUAAAAUUUGUCAAUUUUUACGCUUAACGGCUAACUGUAAACUCCAUUAAGAUCCUCUGUUGUGAAUAUAGAAGGUUUGAACUCAUCAAGGUACAAACGCGGGGCCAAAGUGGCUGGAACAGGUCACGCUUUUUUUUUCACUAUAGGGUGACAGGUUCCUCAACGUCGCAAGGGAUAGCUUCCUAGUUAGGAAAAAAAUCUUACGUCGAUAGACAACCCUUUGUCACUAAAAAGUCCAUGAUAACUUUACCAACAGUUGUGAGUUUACGCAUGAUGUUAACGGCACCAGCAACUGCAGAACUGAACUCUGAUUUUUCUUCACUUUCCCUCAAGUACUCCAAGAGAACUAAUAUCGAAAUUGGAAAAAACAUUUUUACUAGUAUUCACAGAAGAUACAAAUAUUUCGCUUUGGCUUUGAAACGGAUGAAAGCAACAGACAACAAGUUUGGUCCGUUAAUCGUUUUCAGUAGGUCGUCUGUCCUUUCACUCCCAGGGGUGACCUAAAAGAAAUUUAUCCUUUCAAUGUCAUAACCUUUAAAAGCACAAAGGGGAUGAGAAGAAAGAGAGAUGACCGGUUUAUUUCUUGGAUAUAAAACCAAAUUCUUAAGAAAUGUAUGGCAAACUGCGAAGAAAAUUGAUGUUUAGUUUCUGCAAGUGAAACC